UCUUCUCCUGAGUAAACACUUCCCACAGAAGGAUCCGUCAGUACUUGACAAAAAACACACAUCAUGUUUCACACCUUGCUCUUUUUCUUUCUCUUGUGCUCAGGUAUGACUAUACCAGAAGAAGACACAGAGGCGGGUCAGACUGGAAAGUACUGCCUAGUGGCUAUUGGCAGACUGCAGGUGACCAGCUCUCCAGUCUCAAUGGAUAUGAACGGCCUGUCAGUUCCCACAGAGUUCCUGUCACGUCACAACUCUGAUGGUGUCAUCACUUUUGUGGAUCCACGCUGCAUCAGUGUCAUUGGUUAUCAGCCUCAGGACCUGCUGGGGAAAGAUAUUCUGGAGUUCUGCCAUCCCGAAGACCAGAGCCACCUGAGAGAAAGUUUUCAACAGGUAAGACUGCGCUGUAGCUUUUUCCUUAAACGCAACACUUCUGUUACGUCUUUCUGUACUCAUUCACCGUCAGCAGAAGAAGCUUUUACAUCAGAUUACCAGGGCUGGCAGGGAGGUUAUAAACACAGCUGAACACAUUCUUAGAGGAAAUUUGGAUAUUACUUUGAAGCAGUCAUUAGAGGCUCAUCCAUCCAUUGAUCAUAUUCAUGAAGCUGUCAGCAUCAGUCAUCCAACAUGUUUUAUUCCUAGACGAACACGUUUUUUUCAUCUGCUGUGGAUUUUUCCAUGUGUUCCUGUUUCCUUUGAGCUUAGCUCAAACAAUGAAACACAGCAGUUGUGGUGUUUAGUUACUGAUCACUAUCACAAGUACAAUACAAACACUUGAUCAGGAAGGUCAGGCUUGAUCAGUCUAAGAUAAGUAAUGGGGAGAGGAGAAAUCCAGUAACACACAAAUACAAAGUACAUCAACAACUCUUUUACAGACACAGCCAUCCAUAAGCUGUCUCUCAGCAGAUGAUUGGGUUUACUGAUCGUGUAUUGUGCUUAUGUCGACCACUUUUUCAUUUCUCUGUCACAAGUAAAACUGAUUGUGAUCAUGUAGGGGCUUAACUUUAAUUUUCUGAAAG